AUGACCCUCUUCCCCAUCCAAAAUCCAUGGGUGUUCGCCCUUGGUAUUCUAGGCAACUUGGUCUCCUUCUUGGUGUAUCUUGCUCCAGUGCCAACGUUUCGUAGGAUUGCCAAGAAAAAAUCAACUGAAGGGUUUCAUUCAUUCCCCUACGUGGUUUCGUUAUUCAGUGCCAUGCUUUGGGUUGAUUAUGCCAGAGUCAAAUCAAAUGUGCUUCUGGUUACCGUCAACUCCAUUGGCUGUCUCAUAGAGACCAUCUACAUUGCCUUCUUCAUUGUUCAUGCACCAAAGAAGCACAGAAUAUUCACUUUGAAGCUUGUAAUUCUUCUGAACUUCAUUGGUUUUGGAUCGAUUUGCAUUCUGACCGAAUAUCUGGCCAAAGGAGCUCGAAAGACUCAAGCCCUAGGUUGGCUUUGUGUUGCCUCGUCCGCGAUUGUAUACAUUGCACCUCUAAGCGUAAUGAAGCAGGUCAUAAGUACUAGAAGUGUGGAGUUCAUGCCAUUCUGGUUAUCAUUUUCCCUUGUUUUGAAUGCUCUUACGUGGUCCUCUUAUGGUUUACUACUUAAGGACAUACAUAUCACGGUUCCCAGCAUAGUGGGAUUCAUUUUUGGGAUGAUACAAAUGGCCCUAUACGUAAUAUACAAGAAUAUCAAGAUGAAACCAGAAGAGCCAAAGCUCCCCACUAUCAUGAAGCCCAUCACAAUCAUCCCAUCUGAAAUACUACCGCUAGGCUCUUUACCAAUUGAUGAAACCAAUAAGGCUAAGAAUGAAAAAGUGCAAGAACAAAUCCAACAAGGAGAAAGGGAACAAGAUGCAUCCCAUCAGGUUUAG